UAGUGCACCUCGUAUUCUUUUUUCUUUUACAGAUACACGCUUUCCCUGGCCUUUCUUAGUUGCAUUACGCAGCAUCGCCACCUCCCUACAGCUUAGCCAGACACACACACCUGCAACACCACAGACGCACAGCACACACCCGCAGUGGACCCAGCGCCAUCGUUCUCCGACGUCACUGCUGCUCCACCAACCACCGUCCAAAUCCUCUUAACCCACUGCAGCCUCUUUCCCACCCAGCCGUUCCCCGUCUCUUGGUUGGAUGAUUGCAUGCGAUUUGAUGUCAUUCUAGACUCUUUCUGUUACAUUUAUUUUAUUUUCUUUACCAUUGGAAAAUAAUAAGCCCAUUGAUCUGUUGCUUUGGUGGAGCCUUCUGCCUACCUCUUCCACACACCUCCAUAUAUACGCCUCCUGUCCUCCCAGUCAAGGUUGCUUCUUCAUUGUUGCACAUACCGCCAUCCCAUCAUGUCGACAACCACUCGAAAUGAAGAUGCCUAUCUCGAAGAAGGACUACUGAGGAAUAUGGAAGAAGAAAAGGUCAAUCUACUCCACGAGCACCGAAACGAAACCACGAACGAAGGACAACUGCCGUUGGACAAGCCGAGACGCAAUGGCCCGUCUCUGUGCACACUCAUGGCAUUAACCUGCCUUGGGUUUAUUGCCGGAGUCACCGUCUUUGCACCUCCCACAAUGAUGUGUCGUCACAGUCAUCAGGCCCAGGCGAACGACGAACUUGUGGCGAGCAACAACUUGACGCCCGCACAGAAAAUCUAUAUUCAGGUUAUUGAAGAGCACGCGGAUAUGGGUUAUGAUGAGCAAUUUCAAACUUUUGAGAAGAGAGCUCAAGACCCAGCCGCCAACGGCAUUUUGAACCGCAGUGUCGCAGGAACAGGUGCUAAUCCCCAGCCUGGAGGCACAUCACCAGGCCAAAUCCCUGGAGUGCCUGGAAAUCCGGGAGCUGAGAGAACAACAGAGAUUACCACUCAGACAACAACAUCGACUUCAUAUACUACCGUCACUCCUGGCUCACCUUCCUCCUCGCCACCUGUUAUCAGCUCUUCACACCCACCAUCAAGUGUGAUCCCAUCAUCUUCGAUCCCACACUCUUCUGCGCCAAUCAGCUCAAGCAGCCCUAUAAUUUCAUCAUCCUCGAUUCCAUCCUCGUCUUCAACCCCUACUUCUUCCUCUACUUCCUCCAGUACGUCUAUCCCUUCCACUUCUUCUUCCUCGUCCUUGCCCCCGCCUGUAUCAAGCACAUCAACCCCCAUUCCCUCAUCCAGCCAAGAAACGGAGUCUGUGAUUACCAGCGGCGAUAUCACAACUUCGCGACCUGUUACGCACACAAGGACAACAGUCCUUGACGGUAUUGGAACCGUCGUGACUGUUCAAACGACUUGGGUUCCUGUGAAGCCCUCUGUCCCUCCUCCCAAGGACCCCAAUCUGCAGAACGGCGCUCCCGCCUCAAACGCCAAUGGAUUCCUAGCCAUUGUUGCCGGUGCCUUGGCAUUGAUUCUUGCCUAAGCUGCAUUAUCUUUGCUUGAGCUCAGCUACAAAUUCUUACAAGGUUAUUUUAUCAGUUGCAUGGCAACCAUGUUUUCAUCAUCGGCCAUAGAGCCCAACGACUUUAGAUAGAUUGCAUGACCCGCACUUUUACGAUUUAGAUUCAUGAAUGUAAAAUAUAGUAUAACGUACACGAUAUUCAGACGCAAUAAAAGUACAUUUAGUAAAAAUAUGAAGUCCCCAACCAGAAUAAGAAAAAUCAAGUAACUCCGUAGAUCCAAGUUGCCGCUGCACAAUUGCUAGCCAGGACCAAUCUUGGGCAUGUCGUGGUGCUCGCUCAGCUUGGACAAGUAUGUGUUUAGCUCUUCCACACGCUCCUUGUGAGUCUUGAGCAGUUCCGGUCUUGAGCCAGACUGCUUUGCCAUUUCCAUCAGCUACAAUGAGAAAACCGUUAGCAGGGUGCGCGCCAUCUGCCCUCGCGUGGUGGGUGGCGAGUUAGAGUGACAGAACCUACCUUGCGCUUUCGAACUUCGUCGUGACGUCUCUCAGAUUCUGUUUUUCUGGAGACGGUUUCGGAUUCUUCAUGUUUGGUUUCUUCAUUGGCUACAUCCUCGGCCUUGCUGUCACGGUUUGCUAAUGCCUUUCCGCUUUGGCUCUCUGUUGACAGGCUCUUGUGGACGUCAGCAUUGACCUUGGACUUCUUCUUCUUUUUGCCCACUUUGGCCCCUUUUAAUUUUAGGGCACCGCCGCCGGCUAGGCCGUAGUCUUCAGAAGGCAUCCUUGCCAACGACUGCGACGGGUUGACGAUCGGAUCGGGAUGCCAAGUGCAAGUUUGUUCAAUCCGAG